AUGGUUGAAACAGUCGAACUCACAAGAAAAAAUGUACUUUUGCCUUCUUACCGUGGUCGUCUCACUGAGGGAUUGUGCUAUGACUUGAGAAAUAACUCUCUCCUAUGGGUGGAUAUCAUCAAUGCUGAGGCACACCGUAUCUUUUUGGACGAUGAAAAUCUAGAGAAGAGACAUCAAGUAUUGCGUUUGAGUGAGAAAGGUGAGUCAAUUGGAGCUGUUCUCAAAACCACUGAUGUGGACACCGUUUUGCUCUGUCACAAGUCAGGUGUAUCUUACGGAAACUUCAGCCUGGGCAAAAUCAAGCUGGUAGUGUCGUAUCCAUUAACCGAUGAGCAAAAAAGACGCUUGCGUUCAAAUGACGCUCAUAUCGAUCCUUUCGGAAACUUGUGGGUCGGUGUCAUGACCGACUUCCCCGUCACUAAGGUUGAGGGCGUGCAGUUUGAGGGUAUCUUGUUUAGAAUCGAUCACAAAACUUUGGAAGUGAAGGUGAUGCAGGAGAAGACAGGUAUCUCCAACGGACUUGCUUUUAGUAAGGAUGCCAGGAAGCUUUAUUGGACAGACUCUCCCACGCACCAGGUGUACUCAUUUGACUAUGACAACGAAACUGCUACAAUCUCCAACAAAAAAGUCAUUAUCAACCUCGAGGAUGCAUUCAAGACGUACAAUGUGGAAUCUCAAGGGAGCGAACCUAUUCCCGAUGGAAUGGACUUCACUGGAAACGAACGUUUUAUUCUGGCUGUAUUUGGUACAAACUCUGCUGUGGAGUAUAAUCUCCAAGGGGAAAUAGAAAAAGUCUUCAAGCUACCAGCAGAGCAGGUAACAAACGUGCUUGUAGCCGGAAGAAACGGAGACGAGAUCUUUUUCAACACUGCACACCUUGAACAUGAGGAUCUUGAUGCCGUUGUCAAGAUCGCUGACGAGAAUGAGGUCGACAUUGGCGGUCACCUAUUCAAAUACAAGGCGAAAGAGAACUUCCAGCCACGCUACCAGGAUCUUUGGAAAGGCACUGUGAACGUUUAA